AUGGAUUUCAACAACCUCAAGGAUACCGUGUCCAACCUGACACUCUACGACAUCAAGGCCGGCGUACGAAAGGUUCAAAAUGCUGUCAUGAACUAUACCGAGAUGGAGGCCAAGGUGCGGGAGGCCACCAACAAUGAACCCUGGGGUGCAUCGUCGACGUUGAUGCAGGAGAUUGCCGACGGUACCUUCAACUACGCAACACUCAACGAGAUCAUGCCCAUGAUUUACCGCCGCUUUACCGAAAAGUCCGCCGAAGAAUGGCGUCAGAUCUACAAGGCCCUUCAACUACUAGAGUAUCUGAUCAAGCACGGUUCCGAACGGGUAGUCGACGAUGCUCGCUCACAUCUUACCCUCCUCAAGAUGCUGCGUCAGUUCCAUUUCAUCGACCAAAACGGCAAAGAUCAGGGUGUCAACGUUCGAAACCGCGCCAAGGAACUUGCCGAGCUCCUUGGGGAUGUCGAGCGUAUCCGAGCAGAGCUGGGAGCAGCGGCCGUUAUGGUGGCUUCGGGAACACUAGGCAGCGGCGGUGGCGGUGGCAGCAGCUCUACCUACGGUGGCUAUUCUGGAGGAGUGUAUGGUGAUGGAGGUGUUUUUGGUGGCCAGUCUUCCAACAACGACUUCCGCGACACACAGGCACGGGCAGAGCAGUUCGAGGAAUACGAUGCAGGCGAGCUUGAUGGCGAGGCGUCGUCACGUACCGCCUCAAGGACAACACGAUCGACGACAGAGAGAGCCGGAGUCAAGAAGACGACAGCACCCGUCGAGCCGCCCAAGAAAAAGGAGCCCGAGAUCGACUUGUUCUCCUUCGACGAGCCCGCAGCACCAUCCAUCCCGGCGGCGCCCCUCGCUGCCGCACCUUCUAACGGCUCCGGGCUUGCGGCUCUAGCCGGCGGCGCUAAUGAUGAUGACGACGAAUUCGAUGACUUCGUAUCCGCAGCCCCCACCACCCAGCCUGCUUCUGCGAUCCCUCCAAUUGCCUCGCUUUCUACCGGUACACAGUUUGCCGCCCCCCAACCAGUUUCGGCGCCUCAACAGGCCAACCUCAGCGGGAUGGUUGCUCUCUCCUCCAUCUCUCCUCCUCCCAGUUCUACCACGACUCCCGCUGCCAACUUCUCGGCUUUCUCCACGCCCCUUUCGCCUGUCUCCCAGGCUCCCAGGCCAAUGGGCUUCCAAGCCGGUCAACCCAACUACUUCUCCCCGGUACAGCUGCAGACACAGUCCACUGGUUCCUCGCUUUCUGGUGCCAAGGCCACCGGCUCAGGCGCCUCCAAGCCGGCCGCUGGCGGUGACGCCUUCGGUGCGCUCUGGUCGCAGGCUAGUGUUGGAAUCAAGAAGAGCACGCCCACCACCAAGGGCCCCGCGAUCGGACAGCUGGCCAAGGAAAAGAGCGCUGCUGGUAUUUGGGGUACACCCGCGCCCUCCACCCCGACCAGCGGUAGCAGGCCCGCUAAUAGCAACAACCACGGGUUGGACGAUCUGCUCGGUUAA